AUGUUGAUGACGAGGGAAACUCAAUUAAAAUCAAACGAACAGAACGACGACGACAACAACAGCGGCAACAGCGACGACAACCUCAGCCACAACCAAAUCAAAUGCGGAGAAUAUUUAAAUACGACAAACGGAAUAAUACAAACGCCGGGAUUUCCAAAAAGAUUUCCCGUACCCAUACGGUGCCGAUGGAUCAUAGAUGCUUCCGCUCAUACGGAAAAAAACAUCGUCGUGUAUUUAACACAAUUAUACGUCACGACCGGAUUAAAAUUCACGGAUUACGUUUAUUACGAAAAAGAAAGCGGAUUGAAAUACAGCGAAAGUUCCGGUCACAUCGUCACGCCGGAAAACGUGACGACGAGUCCUUGGAUACGAUCAUUCACGCCCUAUCUCGUCAUCGAAUUCGAAUUGGACCGAUUGGAGGGCAAUCAUUUGAGGUUUUUGGACGACAAACACAACGUUUAUUUCAUGUACGGUUUCAACGUGACGUUCGAACUCGUCGAUCGGGAUGUGGGCGUUCGGGAGAGUUGCAACGCGAGAAUAUGUUCCCUGUUGGGAGAGUGUUACGCGAACGCUAAUUACACGAAAUACGAGUGCUCUUGUUUUCAAGGAUUUUCAGGGCCCAAUUGUGCUCAAGGACCACUUUGCGAGGGUCACACUUGUAACAACGGGGGAACGUGCGUUCAUUCAUCCGCCGUUUCGUUUGGAUGCAAAUGUCCGAAAGGGUUCGUCGGUUCCAUGUGCGAAUUCCCGCUCAAAUUAGCUUGCGAUGGGAAAGAUUGUAACGAAACGGAAUGUUACUACAACGGAUCGUCGGAACCGACUUGCGAGUGUGAAAAUCCUAAAAAAUUAUCGAAAGGUAAACAUUAUUCUUUUUACACGAUGUUAUUACCCCCGGGUAAUGAUGAUAAUGAUGAUGAUGAUAACCGAGGUGUAUAG